AUGGGGCCGAAGAAAGUGAGUGCAAAGGACAAUGGUGACAGGAAGAAGAGGAUGAUGUCGAUAGAACUAAAACAAGAAAUAAUAGAAAAACAUGAGCAUGGCGUACGAGUGAUUGAACUCGCAAAGAUCUAUGACCGUAGUACAUUGACAAUUUGUAUGUUAUUGAAGCAGAAGGAUGCCAUCAAGAGUGCUACACCAGCAAAAGGAACCACAAUUCUUUCCCAAUUAAGGACAAAUAUCUUCGAGGAAAUGGUGAAGCUUCUGCUCGUGUGGGUGAAAGAGAAGGAGUUGGCCGGAGAUACAGUGACGGAGACAGUAAUAUGCGAGAAGGCAUGGAGUAUUUAUACCGACUUAGUGAAGAAAGAAGCAUCAACUUCUAAAGAGGCAUCAGAAGAAGCGUUUAAGGCAAGCCGUGGCUGGUUUGAUAAUUUUAAGAAGAGAACUGGCAUCCAUUCAGUGGUGAGGCAUGGCGAAGCUGCGAGUGCAGACGUGAAAGCAGCCAAUAUGUACAUCCAAAAGUUCGCUGCGCUUGUUGCGAGGGAAGGCUACAUCCCGCAACAGGUGUUCAACUGCGAUGAAACGGACCUAUUUUGGAAGAAAAUGCCACGGAGGACUUACAUCACAGCAGAGGAUAAGAUGAUGCUAGGCCAUAAACCCAUGAAGGACGGUCUGACCCUUGCAUUAUGUGCAAAUGCUAGCGGUGAUUGUAAAGUGAAGCCACUGCUAGUUUAUCAUUCGGAAAAUCCUCAAGCCUUCAAAACGCACAAGAUACUGAAAGAAAAAUUGCACGUUAUGUGGCGCGCCAAUGCUAGGGCAUGGGUUACGCGGCAGUUUUUUAUUGACUGUGUAAAUCUCGUCUUUGGCCCUGUAGUGAAGACGUAUCUGCAAGAAAAUAAACUCACAAUGAAUGCAUUGCUCAUCCUUGAUAAUGCUCCAGCCCACCCACCUGGUCUUGAAGAUGAUAUUCUGGAGGAGUUCCAGUUUAUCAAAGUUCUCUACCUCCCACCCAAUAAGACUUCAAUCCUACAGCUGAUGGAUCAGCAGGUCAUUUCCAACUUCAAAAAGCUGUACAAAAGCACUUGUUCCGCCGCUGCUUUGAAGUGA